CUAGUCAGCUGUGUGUAUAAAUGUAGAGGGAGGGGCUACCAGAGGCAGGGUGGGGAGGAGCCUUGGGGAUUAUAAAUUCCAAAAAGGGCACUCAACUCCCAGAGCCAGAUCCUCGAAAAUCUACUCCAUCUGCUGCUGUUGAGGCUGCUACUAUUCUCAGGACCCUCACCAUGAAAGGCCUUCUGCUGCUCAUUCUGUCUGCUCUGUUCUGCUGGGUCUCAGCUGACAUUCGCUGCCACUCCUGCUACAAGGUCCCUGUGCUGGGCUGCGUGGACCGGCAGUCCUGCCGUCUGGAGCCUGGACACCAAUGCCUGACAACACAUGUGUACCUCGGUAAGAUGUGGGUUUUCUCCAACCUGCGCUGUGGGACUGCAGAGGAGCCGUGUAAGGAGGCCUUCAACCAAACCAACAACAAACUGGGCCUCACCUACAACACCACCUGCUGCAACAAGGACAAUUGCAACAGCCCGGCCCCCCGGCCCACCCCAGCCCUGGCCCUUGUCUUCUUCACCUCCUUAGCUGGUCUUGGCUUCUGGCUGCUGCACUGAGACCUACUCCAUGGUUGCCCCUCCUCUACCUGCCUUAGCCUGAGCCUAUCUUCCUGUGUCUGUCUCCCCAGCUUCCUGAAAUGGUCUCUCCCUAGCUCCC